AUGUCCAGCCCAAACCAGCCACGGUACGCCACCCAGCCAAAGUAUCCGUCCAAGGUGCUCGUCCGUGGAACACCUGACUACGAGCGAUGCCGCCGCAACAACCCAACCGCUGAUACUCCGUCUCGAUUCCCGCGAGAGAUCCAUCUUGUGGAAACACCCCAGGAUGUUUCGCAUGCCUUCAAGAGAGCAACCGAGUUGGGCGUUAAAGUCGGCAUUCGAACUUCUGGCCACAUCUUCAACGUACCCGGCCUUAUUGAAGGCGGCAUCCUGAUCGACACAGUCAACCUCAACCGGCAGAUCGACUACGACCCCAUCACCCAGGAAGUCACAUUCGGGCCAUCGUGCCGUGUAGAGGAGCUCGCUGCUAGACUCCAAGAGGUCAAGAGGUUCUUCCCUCACGGCCAUGCUCCCACUGUCGGAUCAGGUGGAUUUCUGCUCGCUGGAGGCCAGGGUUGGUUUGUUCGAGGAUGGGGUGCAACAAACCAAACAUGGAUCACCAAGCUCGAAAUCGUUGUUCCCGAUGGCCGCACCGUGGUUGCCAGUCGCACUGAGAACCGGGACCUGUUCUGGGCGGCCCGGGGCAGCGGACUCGGCUUCUUCGGCCUCGUCACUCGCUUCUGGGGAAGGACGAUCAAAGCCUCACUCAUGUGGGAGCGAAGUCUCAAAUUCGAGAUCAACAGCGACAACUACAUGGCUCUCAUGUCAUGGGCCAUCGAGCGAGGCCGCGACACGCCCAAGUACGGCACCGAUCUCAACCUCACGAUCGACUAUCCCGAGAAAUUUGACCCCGCCUAUACCACUGACGCCAUCCCACCAAACGCGAAACUGCACAUGACUCUGAAUUUGCAGUGCUAUUGUGAUACACUGAGGGAGGCCAGAACAUUGCUUAGUGCCUAUGACAAGCUGACCCCUGAAGUGCAAGAACAUCUGCUCAAGUUUGAGCCUGUGCAGAGGAGGACAUUUGACGAGAUUUUUGCACGCAAGCGUGGCUUUUUGGGCAACGCCAAGAAUGAUCGCUGGCAGAUCAACAGUAUCAUGAAUGAUCCCGAGGUUCCUCUUGAGCGUCUCCUGGAAGCUAUCAAGCCCGCAAUGCUCGAGCUUCCCACGAGGACUUCUUCCGUGUUUAUGUGCCACUGCGAUAUUGUACCUGAUGAGGAAGAUGCUUGUCUUAGCCUGCCGCAAGAUCUUUACAUCUCCACCAUCACUGGCUGGACAGACCCUAAGCUUGAGCCAGGCAUCUAUCAGCCAAUGCGUGACCGAUACAAGCGUGCAUUCCCUGUUGCGGUGGGUCAGUACAUCACAGAGAUCGAUGUCAACAAUGACGAUGCCAACUGCAAGGUGCUUAGCGAUACUGCCCUAGCCAAAUUCCUGAGGGUUAGGGAGAAGUGGGAUCCCAACGAGCUGUUCCCCAAUUAUAAGGCGUUUGUCCGGGCGCACGACAAGAUCAACCGCCUGCAAAACCGGUCUCAGCUGUGA